CAGGUUUGGCUUGCGGAGAAACGGAAGUGCAGCUCAGCCACCAGAGAGUGCCCUUCCGCGAGUUAUUCUCAUGAUCCGGUUUUGUCAUUUUCGACACCCAUCCGAUCAUCCGUCACUCAUUUCUUCAGCUGGCGAGAAGGGCGAAGAGUCGCGACAUUGGGACGAGAAUGCCGUCUCCUUUCCAGAUGUUCUAGAAGCCCCGGAAUCCCAAGUCUUUAAAGGGAUUCGAAGCCCAGUCGAGAUCAGCUGGGAACUUGGGAUGGUUCGAAGUCACCAAUACGUCACAAGAUUCUGGCCAAGUGGUGCUGGUAUCCGUCAACCAUCAAGACAGCUCCAAGGCCCCAACGGUUGCAGACCACUCUUCUGUACUUUUAUUCCGCUAAACAAUUGUCGCACGCAGACAUAGAGUUCUCAGGUCCGAUUCAGAUCCCUUGACUCCUGCGCGUCUCAUCGCCCAUCCUCGGUUGAACCAAAGUGUCACGGCGCAGCAAAUUCCCACACCUGCGAGGCCCGUGCUCUCAGACGGUCAGACCACUCAGCGCCCCUCAAACCGCCCAAAACGCGGGCGGAUUUUAGCCUCCUGACGAGUCAGACUGCGCUCUGCCAUUUCUACACUUCUGGACAGGAACGAGAUACUUUGCCCGGCCCAAAUCGCUUGACGAGACAUUAAAGAGCUCCUCCCCCGAGAACGGCGCCCACGCCAAUAUGUCAAGCAACCAGGUGGAGCGGUCGCUCGAGGCGGCCAAGGAGGCCACAUCCUCCUAUACCAAGGCGGAGAAGGAGCCGGUGUCUUCAAAAAUGGAAGUUUCCAAGCAGGGAAUCACUUUUGCGGCUCAGGACAAGCUACCAAAGUUGCCCAUACCUGAGUUGGAUUCCACCAUGAAGAAAUAUCUCGAUGCCUUGGCUCCGCUACAGUCCCCACACGAGCACAACGAGACAAAGGCUGCCGUUCGGGACUUCCUCGAGAACGAAGGUAAGGAUCUGCAGGAGCGAUUGAAGAAGUAUGCCACGGGCCGCACUAGUUACAUCGAACAGUUCUGGUACGAUUCGUACUUGAACUAUGACAACCCCGUCGUCUUGAACCUCAACCCGUUCUUUCUGUUGGAGGACGAUCCCACUCCAGCGCGGAAUAAUCAAGUCACAAGAGCUGCCUCGCUCGUGAUUUCUGCUCUCUGCUUUGUCAGGGCAGUCCGAAAGGAAGAACUGCCUCCUGAUACCUUGAGAGGAACGCCGUUGUGCAUGUAUCAAUACUCGCGACUCUUUGGGACUGCACGAGUCCCCACCGAAAAUGGUUGCAUUAUCGGCCAGGAUUCCGACUCCAAGCAUGUCGUUGUGAUGUGCCGCGGUCAGUUUUAUUGGUUUGAUGUUCUUGACGACAACAACGACCUGAUCAUGACCGAGAAGGAUCUUGCCAUCAACCUGCAGGUUAUUGUGGACGAUGCCGAGCAGACACCUAUCCAAGAGGCUGCCAAAGGGGCCAUCGGGGUGCUCAGCACCGAAAACCGAAAGACCUGGUCACACUUGCGGGAUCUGUUAACAAGGGAUGAAGGUUCCAACAACGCGGAAUGCCUAAGCAUUGUCGACUCUGCCCUCUUUAUGAUUUGUCUGGAUUACACCGAACCUGCCGAUGUCUCGCAGCUUUGCGGCAACAUGCUCUGUGGCACCAGUGAGGUGGAGCGGGGUGUCCAAGUCGGCACGUGCACAAACAGAUGGUAUGACAAGCUCCAGAUCAUUGUCUGCAAGAACGGCAGUGCCGGCAUCAAUUUUGAGCACACCGGUGUGGAUGGCCAUACUGUCCUCCGGUUCGCCAGCGACGUCUAUACCGACACGAUUCUGAGAUUUGCAAAGUCCAUCAACGGCCAAGCGCCCACGCUGUGGACAAGCCAGAGUCCAGACCCCUCGAAGCGAGACCCUGAUAGCUUUGGUGACGUGAGCACAACUCCUCACAAGCUCGAGUGGGAUAUGAUCCCCGAACUGCAAAUCGCCUUGCGCUUCGCGGAGACACGGCUAGCAGACCUGAUCAACCAAAAUGAGUUUCAGACGCUCGAUUUUGCUGGUUACGGCAAGAAUUUCAUCACCUCGAUGGGCUUCUCACCUGAUGCAUUUGUUCAAAUGGCUUUCCAAGCGGCAUAUUAUGGUCUGUAUGGCCGUGUCGAGAACACGUACGAGCCUGCCAUGACCAAGACGUUCUUCCAUGGUCGGACGGAGGCCAUUCGGACGGUGACGCCCGAAUGCGUAGAUUUCGUCAAAACAUUCUGGGCAGACAACGCCGCUCAGAAGAAGGUCGAUGCACUGCGAACGGCGACGCAGAAACAUACCAGCAUCACCAAAGAAUCGAGUAAGGCACAGGGCCCAGACCGUCAUCUGUAUGCUCUCUACUGUGUUUGGCAACGCAAAGUGAAUGACGAGUCGGCCGAGAUUGGCAGCACUACUGGAUUUAGCUCAAACGGAUAUUCUAGUCCCACCGAUAUGAGCGACAUGGGCAGUCCGAAACGACUCGAGGAGUCGUCUUCACCAAUCAGCCGUUCCCGAACUGGGACCGAGUCCAGCCGCUCGCCGGCACCAGCUCUACAGCAGAUGCCAGCCCUUUUCAGCGAUGCUGGCUGGGACAAGAUCAACAACACCAUCAUCAGUACAUCCAACUGUGGGAAUCCAUCGCUGCGCCAUUUCGGCUUCGGGCCUACCUCCGGAGAUGGUUUCGGCAUCGGAUACAUCAUCAAGGACGACACUAUUUCAGUUUGUGCCAGUAGCAAGCACCGGCAGACCCAACGUUUCGUAGACAGUUUAGAGUCAUACCUCCACGAGAUCCGUCGACUGUUGAGGGCCACCAAAACGAAAGACGCCGCAGCUUCCAAGAUCACCCGAGCCAGAGAGGCAGAAGAAAAGGCGGGCAAGGACGGCCGCCUCAAGUCUCGCGGCCGAAUUAUCAAGACGGAGGCUUCCAAGGUCGAUGGCUUCCAAACACCUACGAGUUUAGACACAGCAGAGGUGGAGGAUGAUGGAUUGGGUGGAUAUGGCUUCUUCGACGCCGGCAUGCUGCUGCAGGCGCUCAAAAAGGAUCAAACCAAACCGUCCGAACAAAUUGCACAAAGGAGGAGGACUGUGGGCAAGAAGCUCGCCUUGAGCGAGUACUAGUACGAGUCCAAGCCCGAAUUGGAGGAUGGCAUUGUGUUGGUUGGAUGGCAAUUUGGACAAAUGGGAAUGUGUGGCCGGGGAGAUGAUUAACCACGCGGAAGACUGACGACACCGAAGUUUUUGUGUGCGUUUUGCGGGGGAUGGUUCGCAUUCGCAGCUCCAGACCGGCCCGGGAUGUUGUGCCUGGAUCGACCAAGCGAACCAAUUAGUAGCAGGAGGCGUGGGAGGAGGCGCAUGUGUGGUGCAGGAUGAUGACACCAGCCACGGCCGAUGUUGGAGUGCAUGCGAUGCGUGGUGCCGAAGCUUUUGAGAUACCAGCGAGCGAUAUUCCGUUCAUGUAGUCAACAGUUCAGCGAAAUUGGUCGUUUUGAGGUCGUUGUAUCCACCGGGCGCAGGACUGCUUCCUACGUUGUAGUAUUCAGGCUGGUAUUCCAGUGGCCUGAUAGCGCCGAUGCACGGCCGGCACUUCGCAUGCCAAGAAGAUAGUUCCUUCAACA